AUGACAGCGCUCAAAUCCGAGGCUCGGCCCCGGCGCAGUGAACGAUGUUCACAUAACCAAUUAUCGAUCCUUGACGACAGUAGUUCAGUCAGUAGUGGUGUCAGUGAUACAAUUGCCGAGUUCAGCACUGACGACAAUAUGACGGGAUCUUCGGUCAGUUCCGAAACGAAUAUAUUCGGAAGCCUGAAGAGAACUCAACGCGAAGAAGAAGAACUGCCGUCUACGUAUGUGCUGCCAUCUAGUGUUCAUAAAGAUAAAUCAAGUAGUAGUAGGAAAGGAAGUGGGGCUAACACUAAAGAAUCGGGAAAAUCGAACAACGUCAAAAAAACAGAUAGUUCGAUGCAGACGGAGUCCAGUACUUUUCAGCAGAUGUCUUCAGCCUCUUGGAAAAAAUAUCUGCAACAACAACAACAACAUCACCCGUUUUCUGGAAGUAGAGAAGGUAGAUCAGGCCACGAUGGAGUUCGAAACGUCGAUACAGAAGUUGGUAGGUUAAGAGAAAAAAAAUCCAGCUCUUCUGGGUCGUCCAGCAGGAAGAAUAGUGUUUUUAAUGAAUCUGUCGAGAGAUUUAAUGGCAGCGAUGGAUAUAGAUCCAAACAAAACAUCCUAACUACCAGAUCGGAAAAUGGACAACAACGAACCUUAAUGGAGAACGGCGAAAAGCUUUACUACAACGGUCCUAGUCCUAGUCCGAAACCACCCAGAAACUCUCCUGACAACUUGAGUCAAAAUUCAUGCGAAAUCCGAAAGGUUCGGGGCUCUCGACAAUUGGCCGUUUCGGGAGCAAUGGUGGGUAAUGACAACAUGAAAAGAACAACGACUGCCGUUUCAACUAAUAGUAGCGGCGGGAAGAUCAGUAGUUCCAGGGGAUCCGGUGGGAUUGAGGGGACUAACUUGGAUGAAGGAAUAGAACUAACGAGGGGUAAUAGUUUUGGUGUGAAUCGAUCUCGACCUGACCCAUCAAACAUUCCGCUUGACGGUACUAUCUCUAGCCAAACAGACUGCACGCCAAGCACUGCUGUCAAAGGAUCUGAACGGAAAACGAAAGUUAAAGUGUCCGCCAACACUCAGACCAACUCGCAUGACCUCUACGUGCUCGGGUCUUCUGCGUACUCGGACAGCGAGUAUAAUUCCCUCGGACGCAGAUCUGUUAAGAAUUAUGCACUUAUGUCCCCAACCCUAAGUCUGCGCGAGCGCGUGUACAGUGGUAAUCGGCCUGGGGUGAGUGGCGCCUCUACCCCCAGCUCGGACUACGUCACGCUACCUGGGGGUCACCACCAUCCUUCCACGAAAGAACGUUCUCAGUAUUCCCCUAGAUUGUUUUCCUCGCUAAAACCCGGCGAUGGAGACACGGGGAAUUACGUAACUUUGGAUCACCCCGCGGUACUAUCUUCUUUGCAGUUCUCAUCAUCCAGCCCUUAUGUUGGGCUCCGCUACGGUGGGGGUUCUACAUCUGGAUCCAUUUGUUCUGCACCAGUUACCCGAAAAUGUGGAAAUCUAACUGAAACAGAAAGUAUGGAGUCUUUGUCUUCUACAUCGUCUGGUGUCCAUGGUCAGGGGGCGUCGCGAUAUAAGUUCCCGCUGUCACCUGUCAACCCGCUGGCUCCAUCUCUAUGUGGUUCUUUAUCUCAUUCGAAUAUUCGGGGCGCUAGCACUGUUUCUCCUUACAUGGGAGUUCUGCUCUCCAAAGUUUCAAACAAGGAUGACGAAAUGCACGGGUCGUCUCUAUCUCUGGCAUCAACAACAUCUUCGUUAUAUUUAACGACUGACGAGAAAUAUGCUCACGAGAUUAACAAGUUACGAAGAGAACUAGAGCAGGCAAACGAAAAAGUGGCUACCCUGACUUCCCAGUUGACGACCAAU